GUUUCUGUUUCAUCAUGGAUGGACUAUGAUUGGAAGUCUUAUCUUUUGAAGUGCGUUAAGCAGAAACCUUGACCCCAAGAAAGGGCAGCCAUAUGUUCAGUCCAGCUGGUAUCCCUACCAAAGGCAGGCAUAUGUAUGGUCGUGAUCCAUCCCCUCCAAUCUCAGAAGCUUCCACAGCCAGAAGCAGCAGACGACCACCAGGUGGUGCUCAUGUCAUGGCAGCCACGGCUCCUCUUGCAAAGUUAGAGCAGACGACUUACAGAAAACAGGGCAGCAGUCCACCACCUGGUAACUAUGGCAACAGGACUUGGACAGCAGGGGAAAGAAUGGAGGGAGAUGAAUCAGAGGAGGACACCUACCGCCCCCCCACAGCAGACCCUGCUGACCAGAGAGGUCACGUAUGGCAGCUCCCAGAGGACUCGGACGCCAGCACCACGGCCCGCUGGUCACGGCCCAGGAAGAAUGUUCCAAAGAAAAGAGACACCCAUCCAGCCUACUGAAGUGAUGCUAAAUAGGUGACAUCACAAUGUUAGUGAUAUCACAGUAUCAGGGGCAUCUGAGCAUCACCAAGUCCUAUGCGUAGAAUAUUUUAAUGAAGCCAUCACUGAGCAUUGAAAUACUAUAUCAUGUAAACAGAUACAUGAAUGGUUUGGUUGGGAUAUAAUUGUAUUGGGUUUGGACUUAGGAAGUUUUACCUGAAGAUGAAAUUUACUCUUCAAACAAAGGAUGGUUUUUUCCAUGUUGUUUUUGUAUGCAAUUGUUGUAUCAAAAUGUAGACUUUUUGGGACUUUUGAGUGAUGUUUUUCCUUUUUUUUUCUUGAGGGGGAGGGGGGGUUAAAAUGUACAUUGUAAG